AAGCGAAACAGCGGAGAAACGUCAAAAACUCCAAAACAGACCGAUCCACGUUUGUUUCCUUCUUUGCGGCUACGCAAGUUUCGCGAAUAUACCGAACGCGUAAAAGUUUUGCUUUUUCGAGUGAUUUUUCUGGUGAAAACUAGCAUUUUUAUCAGCCAAUCAUGCCUCCCAAGAAGAUCCUGGAACCGGAAGUGAAACCCCUGAUUGGCCGUAUCGGUACCAAUCUGCGCAUCGGUAUUGUGGGUGUGCCAAAUGUGGGAAAGUCAACCUUUUUCAACGUAUUGACCAAGAGUGCGGCCCCGGCGGAAAACUUCCCCUUCUGCACGAUUGACCCCAACGAGAACAGGGUUCCGGUGCCCGAUGCCAGGUUUGAUUACCUGUGCGAGUACCACAAACCGGCAAGCAAAGUGCCUGCCUAUCUGAACGUGGUGGACAUUGCCGGUUUGGUCAAGGGUGCCGCCGAAGGACAGGGUCUGGGCAAUGCAUUCCUCUCACACAUCAACGCGUGCGAUGCCAUCUUCCAUCUGUGCCGUGCAUUCGACGAUCCGGAUGUGACGCACGUCGAAGGUGAGGUAGACCCAGUUCGCGAUCUGGCCAUCAUUGCCGAGGAGCUCCGUUUAAAGGAUGAAGAAAAGCUGAAUAUCAGCUUGGACAAGGUUGAGAAGCUGGUCACUCGUGGCGGAGACAAGAAAAUCAAGCCCGAAUAUGAAACGCUUCUCAAGGUCAAGGAAGUGUUGGUGGACGAAAAGAAGCAUCUGCGGUUCGCCGACUGGAGCGCACAUGACAUCGAAGUCCUGAAUAAAUAUCUGUUCCUGACGUCCAAGCCGUGCAUCUAUCUGGCCAAUCUCUCCGAGAAGGACUUCAUCCGCAAGAAGAACAAGUGGCUGCCGAAGGUUAAGGAAUGGAUCGACAAGCACGAUCCCGGAGCGUCGCUCAUUCCCUUCUCGGGCCUGUUCGAGCAUAAACUGGCAGAAAUGGAAUCGGACACCGAGCGUAAGGCCUACGAAGAAGAAACCAAGUGCACCAGCAUGUUGGACCGGAUCAUUACCACCGGGUACAAGGCUCUGCAGUUGGAGUACUUCUUCACCGCUGGUCCGGAUGAGGUCAAGGCCUGGACAAUCCAGAAGGGCACCAAAGCCCCACAGGCGGCCGGUCGCAUCCAUACCGAUUUCGAGAAGGGCUUCAUCAUGGCCGAAGUCAUGCACUACAAGGACUUCAAGGAGGAAGGUAGCGAAGCGGCCGCCAAGUCCGCCGGCAAGUAUCGACAGCAGGGCCGGAACUACGUUGUCGAGGAUGGUGACAUCAUCUUCUUCAAGUUUAACGCUGGCGCGGGUCUGAAGGAUCCCAAGAAAAAGUGAUACGAUAAAAUAGCCACGGUGAUUGCUAUUCUGCUCUACUUGAAUAUGAUAUUCUACUCGCAAAUGUUUCUACCCCAGUCGCAUUAGAGAAGAGGUGUGUGUGACGAGUUGAAGCUAUGCGAGAAGAUCAUCUUAUGUUAUUUUUUUGAAAAAGCAGUCCAGGAAGCGAUCGUUACAUUCAAUAUAUGCACUUCUGCCAUGCAUACACACAUCAGAUAAAAAACAUCUUUGCUGGUAGGACAAUAUUGUGAAGUGUUUAAAAAAUAAGAUAAAUAAUAAAUUAUUCGUUCGUGUAUCUGCUUAUACUGAUC